AUCUUCAGAGUACAUGAACCCUAGAUUGGAACCGAAGGAUCAUUUCUCUGAUAUUCUACCGGAAGAAUCAUGGCGAAAAAGGACGCGACGGCGAUGGAGAUCGACGAGGACAAGCCUGUCGCUGUGGAGCAGAUCAGUCCCAAGUUCUCCAUCAACGUGUUGCAGCUAGUAAAAUCUGCUCAGAUGCAGCACGGUUUGAGGCACCGAGAUUACACUCGGUACAGGAGAUAUUGCACUGCACGAUUGAGAAGAUUAUAUAAGUCAUUGAAAUUUUUACAUGGUCGUGGUAAAUAUACACGGAAGGCAAUAACAGAGUCCACUGUCACUGAUGUGAGGUUUCUCCAUAUUGUUUUAUACAUGGCUGAGCGAGCCUGGAGCUAUGCCAUGGAGAAAAAACAGUUGCCUGAUGGACCAAAUUCUCGUCAACGCAUUCACUUGCUUGGUAGAUUGAGAAAGGCUGUUAAAUGGGCAACACUUUUUUCACAGCUCUGUGCUGUUAAAGGAGAUUCAAGAACUUCUCUUGAAGCUGAAGCAUAUGCUUCCUACAUGAAAGGAUCUCUAUUGUUUGAACAAGAUCAUAAUUGGCAAACUGCAUUAAUGAACUUCAAGAAUGCAAGGGCUGUUUAUGAAGAGCUUGGAAAGUAUGGAACCAUAGAAAAUCAAGUUUUAUGCCGUGAACGUGUUGAAGAACUAGAACCCAGUAUCAGAUAUUGUUUACAUAAAGUAGGUGAGUCAAAAUUGCAAACUUCGGAGCUUCUUGACAUUGGAGAAAUGGAAGGACCGGCCUUAGACCUCUUCAAAUCUAAAUUAGAGGCUGUGAUGGCCGAGGCAAGAUCUCAACAAGCAGCAUCAAUGACAGAAUUCAACUGGCUCGGUCACAGAUUUCCUAUCAAUAAUGCUAAGACUCGUGUUUCUAUUUUGAAAGCUCAGGAGCUAGAGAAAGAUCUACAUGGGUCACCAUCAGAUUCGCUUCCAGAAGAGAAGAAGCUUGCCAUGUUUGACAAAAUAUUUUCUGCAUAUCAUGAUGCUAGAGGCUGCAUCCGUAGCGACUUGGCUACUGCAGGGAAUGCUGAGAAUGCAAAAGAUGAUUUAAAUGGUCUGGAUAAGGCAGUAAGUGCUGUUUUAACACAGCGCACCAUCGAACGCAACCAGUUACUGGUUGUCAUUGCUAAAAGUAAAUUCAAAAAACAUCGUGAUGACAAGGUUGAUAAAGUAACAAAACCAGAGGAACUUGUUCGCCUAUAUGAUCUCUUAAUACAGAAUGCAUCUGAUUUAUCUGACUUAGUCAGUUCCGGGAAGAACAGGAACUCUGAAGAAGUUGCAUUUGUUGAAGAAUGUGAGAUUAAGAGUUCAGUGUUUAGAGCUGAAAGGUGCUUUUACUUGGCUAAAUCUUAUAGUUCAGCUGGCAAAAGGGCUGAAGCAUAUUUGUUAUUUUGUCAUGCACGUUCUCUUGCAAAUAAUGCCCUAGAGAAGCUUCAAAUGGCAACUAAUCCUGAUCAGGCUUUAGCCCAAGAUCUGAAGGUACUAUUAGACAUCUGCAGAUCAAGCAUUUGUAUUGAACAUGCAGCUGGGAUCAUGGAGGAGGAGAAGAUACCAGAAAAUCUUUCAAAAAGGGUUUCAGCCAUCUCAUUGGCAGGACAGGAGAAAAAGGAGCAAAAGUUCCUUUUGGAGACACUUGAUGUUUAUGAAUCAGCAGUAGGCGAACCCAAUUCCAAAGUCGUGGCACGCAUUGCCCAGUUUCCACCUCCAUUCCAAGCGGUUCCAUGCAAUCCAAUUGUCCUGGACAUUGCUUACAGCUCGAUUGACUUCCCAUCUCUUGAUAACAGGAUGAAGAAGGACAAGAAGGGUAUAUUCAGCAGGUUUUGGGGUUAAGCCGUUCUCAAAAACUUGGCGAUCUGUUUCAAUCGCUUAAAAAAAAAUUGGAAACAUAUCAUGUUCCAAAGUCUAUUUCUGAUACCUUUUUCUCUUUUAGAAUUUUAUGAAGAGAGGAUUGAAACGCAUAUUAAACCCCAACCUUUUUUGACAAUAGUUAUUUUCAUAUUGUAAGUGGAUUUUGGAUUAAGAACUAUUAUGAAAAGUAAUUACUCAUGACCAAAAA